CCACAGCUCAGGACCAUCUUCAGGGUUUACUAGGUUUACUAAGAAGACAAUACAGACAGGACCCAAGGGGCCCACAGCUCAGGAACAGGGUUUAUGGGAAGGGGGAUGGUGGCAUUCAAGCACCCAGACCUCCUGUGCCACCUGAUGGGGUUGGUGGUGGGGUGCACCUUACAGAAUGGACGGUCUCCUAUCUGCCGUCCUGACCAUGUUGUCUCAUCUUUUAGUGCCCAUCCAGUCCGGCAGCCAUGGCCAACCUCCUGAAUGCCAUCCGCAAGAUCAUCGACACCUUUCAUAGCUACAGCAGCCACAGCGGCCCCUGUGAUAAACUGGACAUAGAAGAGUUUCAGAACCUCAUCCAGACCCAGUUUGCGGAUGUGAUUGAGGAUUCUGAUGACCCACACACAAUCGAAGCCAUACUACAUGCCCUCGACCAAAACAAUGAUGGGGAGGUGGACUUCAAAGAAUUCCUAGAACUUGUGGCAAAGGUGGCUGUUGCUUAUUUCGAGGCUCUUAAUUCCAAGAGAGGUUGUCGGAUUUGUGCAUCCCAAAAAGGUUUGUCCCUACAGUCAUCUACAUCUACUAAAGAGCAAAAGUCAACUGGGAAACAAGAGAUAGCCCAGAAAGAGGACUCCACCCAGAAGAAAGACCACACUCAAACACAAGACUCAACACAGAAAACAGACUUAACCAAUAAGCAAGACCACACAAUACAGCAACAAGACCCAACCCAAAAAAAAGACCCAACGCAGAAACAGGAGCCAACCGAGAAACAAGAGCCAACCAAGAAAGAGGAGCCAACACAGAAAGCAGAGCCAACACAGAAACAAGAGCCAACCCAGAAAAUGGAGCCAACCCAGGAGCAAGACCAAACCCAGGAACAAGACACAAAAGGAACACAGAAGCAAAACUUAAUUAAGAAACGAGAUCUCAGACAGAAAGAACUAACCCAGAAACAGGAGCCACCCCAGAAACAGGAGCCAACCCAGAAACAGGAGCCAACCCAGAAACAGGAGCCGACCGAGAAACAGGAGCCAACCCAAAAUCAAGAGCCAACCCAGAAACAGGAGCCAACCCAGAAACAAGAGCCAACCCAGAAACAAGAGCCAACCCAGAAACAAGAGCCAACCCAGAAACAAGAGCCAACCCAGAAACAAGAGCCAACCCAGAAACAAGAGCAAACCCAGAAACAAGAGCAAACCCAGAAACAAGAGCAAACCCAGAAACAGGAGCCAACCGAGAAGAAGGAGUCAAUCCAGAAAGAGGAGCCAACCCAGAAAAAAGAGUCCACCCAGAAACAGGAGCCAACCCAGAAACAAGAGCCAACCCAGAAACAGGAGCCAACCCAGAAACAGGAGCCAACCCUGGAACAAGACCAAACACCAAAAAAAGACCCAACGCAGAAACAGGAGCCAACCCAAAAACAGGAGCCAACCAAUAAAGAAGAGCCAACCCAGAAACAGGAGCCAACCAAGGAACAAGACCAAACCCAGAAACAAGACACACAAGUAACACAGAAGCAAGACUUAAUUAAGAAACGAGAUCUCAGUCAGAAAGAAUUAACCCAGGAACAAGACCCAACCCAGAAAAAGGAGCCAACCCAGAAACAGGAGCCAACCCAGAAACAGGAGCCAACCCAAAAACAAGAACCAACCCAGAAACAGGAGCCAACCCAGGAACAAGACCAACUCCCCAAAAAAGACCCAAUGCAGAAAAUGGAGCCAACCCAAAAACAGGAGCCAACCCAGAAACAAGAGCCAACCCAGAAGCAAGAGCCAAAUCAGGAACAAGACCAAACCCACAAACAAGAGCCAAUCCAGAAACAAUAUCCAACUCAGAAGCAAGACCACACAAUCCAGGAACAAGACCCAACCCAGAAAAAAGACCCAACCCAGAAAAAAGACCCAACCCAGAAACCAGAGCCAACCCAGAAACCAGAGCCAACCCAGAAACAUAAGCCAACCCAGAAACAGGAGCCAACCCAGGAACAAGACCAAGCCCAGAAACAAGACACACAAGAAACACAGAAGCAAGACUUAAUUAAGGAACAAGAUCUCAGUCAGAAAGAAUUAACCAAGGAACAAGAGCCAACCGAGACACAGGAGCCAGCCCAGAAACAGGAGCCAACCAAAAAACAAGAGCCAACCCAAAAGCAAGAGCCAACCCAGAAACAAAAGCCAACCCAGGAACAAGACCAAACCCAGAAAAAAGAUCCAAUGCAGAAACAGGAGCCAACCCAGAAACAGGAGCCAACCCAAAAACAAGAGCCAACCCAGAAACAAGAGCCAACCAAGAAAGAGGAGCCAACCCAGAUACAGGAGCCAACCCAGGAACAAGAAGACCAAACCCAGAAACAAGAGCCAACCCAGAAACAGGAGCCAACCCAGAAACAAGACCAAACCCCCAAAAAAGACCCAACACAGAAAAAGGAGCCAACCCAAAAACAAGAGCCAAACCAGAAACAGGAGCCAACCCAGAGAGAAGAGCCAACCCAGAAACUGGAGCCAACCCAGGAACAAGACCAAACCCAGAAACAAGACACACAAGGAACACAGAAGCAAGACUUAAUUAAGAAACGAGAUCUCAGUCAGAAAGAAUUAAGCCAGGGACAAGACCCAACCCAGAAAAAAGACCCAAUGCAGAAACAGGAGCAAACCCAGAAAAAGGAGCCAACCCAGAAACAGGAGCAAACUCAGAAACAGGAGCCAACCCAGAAAGAAGAGCCAACCCAAAAACAAGAGUCAACCCAGAAACAGGGGCCAGGCCAGGAACAAGACCAAACCCAAAACAAAGACCCAACGCAGAAACAGGAGCCAACCCAAAAACAGGAGCCAAGUCAGAAACAGGAGCCAAGCCAGAAAAAGGAACCAACCCAGAAACAGGAGCCAACCCAGGAACAGGAGCCAACCCAGAAACAGGAGCCAACCCAGAAACAAUAUCCAACCCAGAAAAAAGACCCAACCCAGAAACCAGAGCCAACCCAGAAAAAGGAGCCAACCCAGGAACAAGAGCAAACCCAGGAACAAGACCAAACCCAGAAGCAAGACACACAAGGAACACAGAAGCAAGACUUAUUUAAGAAACAAGAUCUCAGUCAGAAAGAAUUAACCAAGAAACAAGACCCAACCCAGAAAAGAGACCCAACCCAGAAACAGGUGCCAACCCAAAAACAGGAGCCAACCCAGAAACAGAAGCCUACCCAGAAACAAGAGCCAACCCAGGAACAAGACCAAACCCAGAAACAAGAGCCAACCCAGAAACAAGAGCCAACCAAGAAACAGGAGCCAACCCAGAAGCAAGAUCCAACUCAGAAGCAAGACCACACAAUCCAGGAACAAGACCCAACCCAGAAACAGGAGCCAACCCAGAAACAAGAGCCAACCCAGAAACCAGACCAAACCCCAAAACAGGAGCCAACCCAGAAACAGGAUCCAACCCAGAAACGGGAGCCAACCCAGAAACAAGAGCCAACCCAGAAACAAGAGCCAACCCAGAAACAGGAGCCAACCCAGAAACAAGAGCCAACCCAGGAACAAGACACACAAGGAACACAGAAGCAAGACUUAAUUAAGAAACAAGAUCUCAGUCAGAAAGAAUUAACCCAGGAACAAGACCCAAACCAGAAAAAAGACCCAAUGGAGAAACAGGAGUUAACCCAUAAACAGGAGCAAACCCAGGAACAAGACCAAACACAGAAAAAAGACCCUACCCAGAAAUCGGAGCCUACCCAAAAACCGGAGCCAACCCCGAAACCGGAGACAAACCAGAAACAGGAGACAAACCAGAAACAGGAGCCAACCCAGAAACAGGAUCCAACCCAGAAAUGGGAGCCAACCCAGAAACAAGAGCCAACCCAGAAACAAGAGCCAACCCAGAAACUGGAGCCAACCCAGAAACAGGAGCCAACCCAGAAACAGGAGCCAACCCAGAAACAGGAGCCAACCCAGAAACAAGAUCAAACCCAGGAACAAGACACACAAGGAACACAGAAGCAAGACUUAAUUAAGAAACAAGAUCUCAGUCAGAAAGAAUUAACCCAGGAACAUGACCCAAACCAGAAAAAAGACCCAAUGGAGAAACAGGAGCCAACCGAGAAACAGAAGCAAACCCAGGAACAAGACCAAACACAGAAACAAAACAUACAAGGAACACAGAAGCAAGGCGUAAUUACGAAACAAGAUCUUAGUCAGAAAGAAUUAACCCAGGAACAAGGCCCAACUGAGAAACAGGUGCCAAUCAAAAAACAAGAGCCAACCCAGAAACUGGAGCCAACCCAGAAACUGGAGCCAACCCAGAAACAACAGCCAACCCAGGAACAAGAGCCAACCCAGAAACAAUGUUCAGCUCUCAAAUACGAUUUGACCCUAAAGCAAGACUCAACCCCAACACAUAACCCAAACAAAACAGAAGUGCUCACUUCAAAACAAUGUUUAGCCUUCAAGCAAGAUCCAACUCAGAAGCAAGACAACACAAUCCAGGAACAAGAGCCAACCCAGGAGCAAGACUUAACCCAGGAACAAGACACACAAGGGACACAGAAGCAGGACUUAAUUAAGAAACAAGAUCCCAGUCAGAAAGAAUUAACCCAGGAACAAGACCAAACACAGAAACUGGAGCCAACCCAGAAACAAGAGCAAACCCAGAAACAAGAGCCAAUCCAGAAACUGGAGCCAACCCAGAAACAAGAGCAAACCCAGAAACAAGAGCCAAUCCAGAAACAAGAGCCAACCCAGAAACAAGAGCCAACCCAGGAAAAAGGCCAAACCCAGAAACAGGACUCACAAGGAACACAGAAGCAAGACUUAAUUAAAAAACGAGAUCUCAGUCAGAAAGAAUUAACCCAGGAACAAGACCCAACCCAGAAAAAAGACCCAAAGCAAAAACAAGACCCAACACAGAAACAGGAGCCAACCCAGAAACAGGAACCAACCCAGAAACAGGAGCAAACCAAAAAACAAGAGCCAACCCAGGAACAAGAGCCAACCCAGGAACAAGACACAAAAGAAACAAAGAAGCAAGACUUCAUUAAGAAACAAGAUAUCAGUCAGAAAGAAUUCAUCCAGGAAAAAGACCCAACCCAGAAAAAAGACCCAACCCAGAAACCGGAGCCAACCCAGAAACAAGAGCCAACCCAGGAACAAGUCUCAACCCAGGAACAAGAGCCAACCCAGAAACAAGAGCCAACCCAGAAACAGGAGCAAACCCAGAAACAGGAGCCAAUCCAGAAACAGGAGCCAACCGAGAAACAAGUGCCAGCCCAGAAACAGGAGCCAACCCAGAAACAAGAGCCAACCCGGAAACAAGAGCCAACCCAGAAACAGGACCUAAAGCAAGACACAACCCCGACACAUAACCCAAACAAAACAGAAGGCCUCACUUCAAAACAAUGUUUAGCCUUCAAGCAAGAUACAACUCAGAAGCAAGACCACACAGUCCAGGAACAAGACCCAACCCAGAAAAAAGACCCAACGCAGAAACCGGAGCCAACCCAGGAACAAGACACACAAGGAACACAGAAGCAAGAUUUAAUUAAGAAACAAGAUCUCAGUCAGAAAGAAUUAACCCAGGAACAAGAGCAAACCCAGAAACAAGAGCCAACCCAGAAACAGGAGCCAACCCAGAAACAGGAGCCAACGCAGAAACAGGAACCAAUCCAAAAACAGGAGCCAACCCAGAAACAAGAGCCAACGCAGAAACAAGAGCCAACCCAGAAACAGGAGCCAACCCAGGAACAAGACACACAAGGAACACAGCAGCAAGACUUAAUUAAGAAACGAGAUCUAAGUCAGAAAGAAUUAACCCAGGAACAAGACCCAACCCAGAAACAAAAGCCAAAACAAGAGCCAACCCAGAAACAGGAGCCAACCCAGAAACAAGAGCCAACCCAGAAACAGGAGCAAACCCAGAAACUGGAGCAAACCCAGAAACAGGAGCCAACCCAGAAACAGGAGCCAACCCAGAAACAAGAGCCAACCCAUAAACAAGAGCCAACCCAGAAGCAAGAGCCAACCCAGAAACAAGAGCCAAUCCAGAAACAGGAGCCAACCCAGAAACAGGAGCCAACCCAGAGACAAGAGACAACCCAGAAACAGGAGCCAACCCAGAAACAAGAGCCAACCCAGAAACAGGAGCCAACCCAGAAACAAGAGCCAACCCAGAAACAGGAGCCAACCCAGAAACAAGAGCCAACCCAGAAACAGGAGCCAACCCAGAAACAAGAGCCAACCCAGAAACCGGAGCCAACCCAGAAACAGGAGCCAACCCAGAAACAAGAGCCAACCCAGAAACAGGAGCCAACCCAGAAACAAGAGCCAACCCAGAAACAGGAGCCAACCCAGAAACAAGAGCCAACCCAGAAACCGGAGCAAACCCAGAAACCGGAGCCAACCCAGAAACAAGAGCCAACCCAUAAACAAGAGCAAACCCAGAAACAAGAGCCAACCCAGAAACAAGAGCCAAUCCAGAAACAGGAGCCAACCCAGAAACAGGAGCCAACCCAGAGACAAGAGCCAACCCAGAAACAGGAGCCAACCCAGAAACAAGAGCCAACCCAGAAACAGGAGCCAACCAAGAAACAGGAGCCAACCCAGAAACAGGAGCCAACCCAGAAACAGGAGCCAACCCAGAAACAGGAGCCAACCCAGAAACAGGAGCCAACCCAGAAACAGGAGCCGACCAAGAAACAAGAGCCAACCCAGAAACAGGAGGCAACCCAGAAACAAUAGCCAACCCAGAAACAGGAGCCAACCCAGAAACUGGAGCAAACCCAGAAACAGGAGCCAACCCAGAAACAAGAGCAAACCCAGAAACAAGAGCAAACCCAGAAACAGGAACCAACCCAGAAACAAGAGCAAACCCAGAAACAGGAGCCAACUCAGAAACAGGAGCCAACCCAGAAACAAGAGCCAACCCAGAAACAGGAGCCAAUCCAGAAACAAGAGCCAACCGAGAAACAGGAGCCAACCCAGAAACAAGAGCCAACCCAGAAACAGGAGCCAACCCAGAAACAGGAGCCAACCCAGAAACAAGAGCCAACCCGGAAACAAGAGCCAACCCAGAAACAGGAGUCAACCCAGAAACAGGAGCCAACCCAGAAACAAGAGCCAACCCAGAAACAAGAGCCAACCCAGAAACAGGAGCCAACCCAGAUACAAGAGCCAACCCAGAUACAAGAGCCAACCCAGAAACAAUAAUUAACCCAGGAACAAGACCCAACCCAGAAACAAAAGCCAACCCAGAAACAGGAGCCAACCCAGAAACAGGAACCAACCCAGAAACAAGAGCCAACCCAGAAACAGGAGCAAACACAGAAACUGAAGCCAACCCAGAAACAGGAGCAAACCCAGAAACAGGAGCCAACCCAGAAACAAGAGCCAACCCAUAAACAAGAGCAAACCCAGAAGCAAGAGCCAACCCAGAAACAAGAGCCAAUCCAGAAACAGGAGCCAACCCAGAAACAGGAGCCAACCCAGAGACAAGAGACAACCCAGAAACAGGAGCCAACCCAGAAACAAGAGCCAACCCAGAAACAGGAGCCAACCCAGAAACAAGAGCCAACCCAGAAACAGGAGCCAACCCAGAAACAAGAGCCAACCCAGAAACAGGAGCCAACCCAGAAACAAGAGCCAACCCAGAAACCGGAGCCAACCCAGAAACAGGAGCCAACCCAGAAACAAGAGCCAACCCAGAAACAGGAGCCAACCCAGAAACAAGAGCCAACCCAGAAACAGGAGCCAACCCAGAAACAAGAGCCAACCCAGAAACCGGAGCAAACCCAGAAACCGGAGCCAACCCAGAAACAAGAGCCAACCCAUAAACAAGAGCAAACCCAGAAACAAGAGCCAAUCCAGAAACAGGAGCCAACCCAGAAACAGGAGCCAACCCAGAGACAAGAGCCAACCCAGAAACAGGAGCCAACCCAGAAACAAGAGCCAACCCAGAAACAGGAGCCAACCAAGAAACAGGAGCCAACCCAGAAACAGGAGCCAACCCAGAAACAGGAGCCAACCCAGAAACAGGAGCCAACCCAGAAACAGGAGCCAACCCAGAAACAGGAGCCGACCAAGAAACAAGAGCCAACCCAGAAACAGGAGCCAACCCGGAAACAAUAGCCAACCCAGAAACAGGAGCCAACCCAGAAACAAGAGCCAACCCAGAAACAGGAGCCAACCCAGAAACAGGAGCCAACCCAGAAACAAGAGCCAACCCAGAAACAAGAGCCAACCCAGAAACAGGAGCCAACCCAGAAACAGGAGCCAACCCAGAUACAUGAGCCAACCCAGAAACAGGAGCCAACCCAGAAUCAAGAGCCAACCCAGAAACAAGAGCCAACCCAGAAACAGGAGCCAACCCAGAAACAGGAGCCAACCCAGAAACAAGAGCCAACCCAGAAACAGGAGCCAACCCAGAAACAGGAGCCAACCCCGAAACAGGAGCCAACCCAGAAACAAGAGCCAACCCAGAAACAGGAGCCAACCCAGAAACAGGAGCCAACCCAGAAACCGGAGCCAACCCAGAAACAGGAGCCAACCCAGAAACAAGAGCCAACCCAGAAACAGGAGGCAACCCAGAAACAAUACCCAACCCAGAAACAAGACCCAACCCAGAUACAGGAGCCAACCCAGAAACAGGAGCCAACCAAGAAACAAGAGCCAACCCAGAAACAGGAGCCAACCCAGAAACUGGAGCAAACCCAGAAACAGGAGCCAACCCAGAAACAAGAGCAAACCCAGAAACAGGAACCAACCCAGAAACAAGAGCAAACCCAGAAACAGGAGCCAACUCAGAAACAGGAGCCAACCCAGAAACAAGAGCCAACCCAGAAACAGGAGCCAACCCAGAAACAAGAGCCAACCCAGAAACAGGAGCCAACCCAGAAACAAGAGCCAAGCCAGAAACAGGAGCCAACCCAGAUACAUGAGCCAACCCAGAAACAAGAGCCAACCCAGAAACAGGAGCCAACCCAGAAACAAGAGCCAACCCAGAAACAGGAGCCAACUCAGAAACAGGAGCCAACCCAGAAACAAGAGCCAACCCAGAAACAAGAGCCAAGCCAGAAACAGGAGCCAAACCAGAUACAUGAGCCAACCCAGAAACAAGAGCCAACCCAGAAACAGGAGCCAACCCAGAAACAGGAGCCAACCCAGAAACAGGAGCCAACCCAGAAACAGGAGCCAACCCAGAAACAAGUGCCAGCCCAAAAAGAAGAGCAAACCCAAAAACAGGAGCCAACCCAGAAACAGGAGCCAACCCAGGAACAGGAGCCAACCCAGAAACAGGAGCCAACCCAGGAGCCAACCCAGAAACAGGAGCCAACCCAGGAACAGGAGCCAACCCAGGAACUAGAGGCACAGCGAGAAGUCCCACACAGUGAGAUUCAUUAUUCCUAUGGCACACAGGGUAUUCAUCCUUCUCACCAGGUCUGGACUUCCAAUCUCAUUCAAGGAGAACAAGACCCUGUGAAGCACAUUGAGCACCCGCAGUGGCACAAGUUACCCUCCUCCUCAAGCUCCUCCCAGACUCCUGAAGACACACGGCAGCACAAAGUGUCACUGAUGUCAUUCCAAACAGAACAGCACUCGGCCAAGCAGGGUUCUGGAUUCACUAGUGGACCUCACAAAUUGGAACAACACAAGGAUUCAUCCCCAUCACAGAACCCCCUCUACCUCCUCUCUCAGCAGUCCCCAAAACUAAUCAGGAACCGCAGCAUUGGCCAAACCAUUACAACAGAGUCAAAGCAGCCAGACCUUCCUGCAGAAACACCAUCAAAGCCAGAGGAUCUUCAGGGCACAUCUUCUGUAGUGAGUCCUUCAGCAGCAGUGGGCUCCUCAGAGAAGAAAGACACCCAGAAAUCCUCCCAGAAAGGCUUCAAGUGGCCCUGGCAGAAGUCUAACCCAGAAGGUUCCGGCAAACACUAGACAUCAUGGUCUUGUGUGGAGAUUAAUAAGAGCCCCAUCUCCCAAUAUUACACCCAUUCCUGUGGGCGGAGAUCCUACUCCAAAUUCAUGCAACCAAAGAGUGUAAGCCUGUGAGUCCUGCUUCCCCCCUCCAAUCAUAGACAAAGCCUGUGAGUCCUGCUUCCCCCCUCCAAUCAUAGACAAAGCCUGUGAGUCCUGCUUCCCACUACAAUCAUAGACAAAGCCUGUGAGUC